AUGGCCCAACACAAGCGCCAGAUCAGCAAGGCGAACGGGCAGGAAAUCGACGUCGAUGUCUUGAUCAUUGGCGCUGGCCCGACUGGAUUGGGCGCCGCGAAACGCAUGAAUCAGAUUAACGGCCCGUCAUGGAUGAUUGUCGACUCCAACGAGACACCUGGCGGAUUGGCCUCAACAGACUGCACACCAGAGGGCUUUCUCUACGACGUCGGCGGCCACGUCAUCUUCUCUCACUACAAGUACUUCGACGACUGCAUCGACGAAGCCCUCCCCAACGACGACGACUGGUACCACCACCAGCGCAUCUCCUACGUCCGCUACAAGGGCGAAUGGGUACCCUACCCCUUCCAGAACAACAUCUCCAUGCUGCCGAAGGAAGAUCAGAUUACAUGUUUGGAGGGCAUGAUCGAUGCGACGCUGGAGGCGAGAGUGGCCAACACAAAGCCGAAAGAUUUUGACGAGUGGAUCCUGAGGACACAGGGAGAGGGGUUGGCGAACUGCUUCAUGCGGCCGUACAACUACAAGGUGUGGGCCGUGCCGACGACGAAGAUGCAAUGUGCAUGGCUCGGCGAGCGAGUUGCAGCACCCAACCUCAAGCUCGUCACUCGCAACACAAUCCUGAACAAGACGGCCGGCAACUGGGGUCCCAAUGCCACCUUCCGCUUCCCAGCCCACGGCGGCACGGGCAACAUCUGGAUCCAAGUCGCCAAAACCAUCCCCCAAAAGAAGACCCGCUUCGGCGAAAACGGCCGCGUCCAGCUCGUCGACGCCGACGGCCACCGCGUCCUCCUCGGCGACGGCACCACCGUCAACUACAAGAAACUCAUCAACACAAUGGCCGUCGACUCCCUCGUCGAGCACAUGCGCGACCCCGAGCUCGUGAACCUCAGCAAAGGCCUCUUCUACAGCACCACGCACGUCAUCGGCGUCGGCGUGCGCGGCUCCCGCCCCGAGCGCAUCGGCGACAAAUGCUGGCUCUACUUCCCCGAAGACAACUGCCCCUUCUACCGCGCCACCAUCUUCUCCAACUACUCGCCCUACAACCAACCCGACACCUCCAAGAAACUCCCCACCCUCCAGCUCGCCGAUGGCAGCCAGCCUUCAUCCUCCGAAGCCAAAGAAGGUCCCUACUGGAGCAUCAUGCUCGAAGUCUCCGAGUCCAGCAUGAAGCCCGUCGACAACGCCAACAUGCUCCGCGACUGCAUCGCCGGGCUCAUCAACACGGACAUGCUCCGCCCGGGCGACGAAAUCGUCUCCACCUACCACCGCGCCUUCGACCACGGCUACCCCACCCCUUCCCUCGAGCGCGAAGGCGUGCUCACGCAACUCCUGCCCAAACUCCAAGCGAAAGAUAUUCUCUCCCGCGGCCGCUUCGGCAGCUGGAGGUACGAAGUCGGGAACCAGGACCACAGUUUCAUGCUCGGCGUCGAAGCGGCGGAUCAUCUGGUCAAUGGCGCCGCGGAGCUGACGUUGAAUUAUCCUGAUUUCGUCAACACGCGCGCGAAUACGGAGAGGAGGCUGGUGGAUGGGGCGCAGAUGUUUGUCGGGGCGAAGAUGAAUGGGUUUGAGGAGGAAGAGCAGGCGAGUGGAGGGGCGAAUGGGAGUUUGGCGUUUAGGCCGGAGGCGGUGAAGAACAACCAGGAUAGCGAGAAAGUCGCGGGGGUGCCGAGUAUGAAGGCUGCGAGGGAUGCCGCGCCGGUGUGA